AUGCGUCAUGGCCCACUUUCUCAUGUUUUUGAUGGUCUGUUUAUCCCUGAAGCCAUAAAAGAAAAACAACUGAAAGGCUUGUCUGAUAACAAAAUACAAGAAAAAAAAGAAUGGAAGCAUGAGCAGAUGUCAGUUCAGAUGUUCGAUGACAUUGUGAAGCGUCUGAAGGCUGAGAAUGAAGACGUGUUGAAAGAACAUGGACUGGAUGAUGAAGACGUGAUCUUCAUUAAAGAGUUAAUCGAAGGGGCAAAAACCUCAGAGUGGACAUACGAGGGCAGAGAUGAAGACAAAUCCUUCCUGUAUGAGAUCGUGGCAAAUAAACAGAACAACAUUGAUGUGGACAGAUGGGACUAUUUUGCACGAGACUGUCAUCACCUCGGCAUCCGAAACAGUUUUGAUCAUCAGCGUCUGCUGAAGUUUGCUCGAGUCUGUGAAGUGAACGAGAGAAAUCACAUCUGCUUCAGAGACAAGGAGGCUGAUAAUGUUUAUGACAUGUUUCGCACCCGAUACACUCUCCAUCGCCAGGCCUAUCAGCACAAGAUCUGCAACAUCAUCGAAGACAUGUUCACAAAAGCCCUCAUAAAAGCUGAUCGUGACCUUCAUAAAGACAAACCAGAGGAUAUGUUCACAAUUUCUGAAGCCAUACACAAUGCUGAGGAAUACACCAAGCUCACAGAUGAAAUCUUUGGGCAGAUCUUGUCCUCCACUUCUGAUAACCUGAAGGAAUCUCGAGACAUCUUGAACAAGAUUAUCAACAGAGAACUGCCAAAGUUUGUGGGAGAAGCUCGAUUAAUGGAAGAAAACAAAUCAAAGAUGAGUCCUGACCAAAGAAGCACCAAAACAAAAAUGCAGGAAAAGCUGACAGAAACAUGGAAGGAGGCAGUAAAGAAGUACAAACCUACUGACUCUGCUGUUUCUCUGAAGGCUGAUGAUUUCUCAGUUUAUGUGGUUGAUCUGGGUCACGGCACGAAGGGCAAAAAACCCUUUGACAACAUUUAUUUCUACAGCAAAUGGAACAACAAAGAAGCCUCAUGUAUUGAGAAGUAUCAGCUGUCUAGUUUCCUGCCAGAGACCUUCACUGAAGAGCUUGUUAGGGUGUACUGUGACAAACCUAAUGAGAACAGGGUGGAGGAGGCUGAUAAAUGCUUUAAGGAGUGGCGCAAAUCAAACUUUGGACUCUAAUUCUAUAUAAUGCCCAUCUAAAUCUCUGUAAGCCCAACUCUGGAGCAUUUGAAAGCAAAGUCCUUAUUUUGUGCUCCUGUACUUAGUGAGCUGAUAUCAAUAUAGUUGUACUUCUUUUAGGUGAUAUUGGGCAGCCAGACCAAAAUCAAGCAUUCAUCAGUGCCUUUUUUUAUAAAGUGUGGAUUUAAAAAUGUAGCUCACUUCUUUAAGCACAAAUGAUUUUCAGAAUGAUCACUAUUCUUUUUCAUGUUAUGAAAGCUCCAAAAUGACAAAAAAGCACCAAAAAGAACUUAAAAAUUAGCCAAAAUGUGUGCUGUAUUCCAAGACUUCUGUUAAAAUUUGAACCAGUUGUUCAUUCAUUAGUUAUUCAUUAAAAAAAAAAUAACUCAAAGUAUGAUGGUGUACUAUUGGCCAUAACACUUUGAAUUUAAUUCUUGACAGCCAUAUUCAACAUCAAGCAGAUAAGACAUUCUGCUAAAGAUCACCAGCAUCAACUUAAUCUGUAAUCCAAAAAAAAAAAAAUAUUAUUUGAUGACUAAUGAAUGGUUUACUGUGUGGCCCAAACAUUUUUACUUGGAUGCUUUUUAAUCAAAUAUUAAGUUAUACACUGAAUUUGCAAUAAUUAGUUUAUUCACUUAGCAUAAAUAGAAUCAGAAAAUGUUUUAGUUCUUUCUUCACAAAUACAGUAGGACAUUUGUGUAUAAAGACAGAUUUAUAUUAUUGCUUAAGCAGCUCUAUUUGCUUGUUGCUUGUGUUUAUAAUUCAUACAGUGUGGUGUUGGAUGAUGGGUAUAUAGGCCUAUAUAUAUAUAUAUAUUACAGUAUAUUAUACAUUAAUAGGUUUGUUUGG